GGAUUAUUUCUAUAAAUACCAUCGUAAUUUCCAUUCCCUAAAAUAGAACAAGUUGUAGAUUUUACUGAGCAACAUUUUACUGGACAGUAAAAAUAGAAACCGCUUGGAUAUUUUAGCACAUCUCGUGGUAUUGUUUUGGUUCACAAACUUGUUCAAAGAUGGGACGAAAGAAAAUACAGAUUACAAGAAUUAACGAUGAGAGAAAUAGACAGGUAACCUUCACGAAACGGAAGUUUGGAUUGAUGAAAAAGGCAUAUGAAUUAAGUGUUUUAUGCGACUGUGAGAUAGCUCUAAUCAUCUUUACAACAAACAACAAAUUAUAUCAAUAUGCUAGUUCAGAUAUGGAUAAAGUAUUGUUGAAAUAUACUGAAUAUAAUGAGAAUGUUGUCAGUCAGACUAACAGAGAUAUUGUAGAGAUGUUGAACAAAAGAGAUCAUAGAGGAGGCAAUGACAGUUUAGAUGGUGAUGAUGAUGAUGACUAUCCAAUUACCCCAAGAACUGAUGAACAAUACCGGAAAAUUGACAUGGAAUAUUCUAGGGUUAUGCAAGGAGGUGCAGCACGGAAUAUAACCCAGUAUCAGAAUACGAUUCCAGUGGCUGUUCCUGUACAGAGCACCCAUUAUAUCCAGAGCACCCAAGCUGGUUCUCAACCUGGUACUGUAGUGCUACUUCAACCACCACCUUCAACCACAUAUACCCAAUCUUCACCAAGUCCAUCAGGGAGUAGAACAAGUCCAGCUCCCUCAGCAACAGCCGCUAGAGCUUCUCCACAACCACCUACUACUAAUCAACCAAGUACCUCUCCUGCACCACUCCCUACCAAAGAUCAGGGAGGUGGAGAUCUGGCCACAAAGAAUAAACCCAAUUUAAAGGUUGUGAUACCGCAGCGCACUUCAGACGUACGAACAACAUUAGGAACACAGAGUCUAGAAACCCCAGUAAUGUCCAUGGCAACACCUGGUAAUCAAAUAAAUCCGUCCUUAGCAACGUCAAUUCUAAAUGCAGGCGAGUUUCAAUUAACAACAGCUGAUCUAUCUGGACUAUCACCCCUUGUAGCACAGUUAAGUAGUCAUCAUCAGCCUGGACCAUUAACAGCCGCUGUACAGGCAUCAGGCUUGACAUUAACACCUGGUGGUUCUCUACAGUUACCAUAUCUACAAGUUGCAACAUCCUCGUCACUGCGUAUGUCAGGGGUCAAAGUGGAACCGGUGUCACCAAAUCAUGAAGCAUCAACGUCAAAAAAUAUUCCUGUGCCGACUGGAAUGGUUCAAAUUAUACAUGCACAGCAGACGUCACCAAGACCACCGGUAUCACCCCACGAUUAUGAUGAACCACCAGAAAAGAGAACUAGAAGCAGUAAUAGCUGAGAUUAGUAAUUGUUGUUAUAUUGUUAUAUUUUGAGUGCCGUGUUCUUAGCUAGUACUCUCAAAGUGUAACUGCAAUACAAAAAAACAUUUUAUUAUCUCAACAUUGGAUAUACUGUUUAGCUAUUCUUGUAUGAUAAAGUUCAUCAUUUAUUCAUUUCUUUAUAAAUAUACUCUGUCAAAAAAGAAACACAUAGGCGAAAUAUUCAUGGAAUAAUCUCCUUAAUAUAAAGUGAUAUGAUUUCAUUAUUUAUAAUGAUGGUCUGAUUAUUGGCUUCACCAUUGGUAAUAGGCCGAUAAUCGGUAUCAGCCAAUGCACAGUCAUUUUGCCGAUAAUUGCGUAGUCGAUAUCUGUUCAAAAAGACUCUGCAAAUACCUUUAAAAUAUUAUUAAAUUGUGAACAAAUCAUUCUUUUUUGCUUUAGUUGCCGUGUGUAUGACUAUUUAGACACAAUACAAGACUUGGCAUGUAAUAGAUGGUUGUAUUUUCAACUCUAUAAACCUAUAAACUGAAAAGGUGGGGUAUUGUCACAUGACAUUGACAAAGACAAGCUCUCACUGUUAACUAUGAACCAUUCUGCCGGUGCCAACAAUUUAGGGAUUUAUAUUGUAAUCAACAUUUAAUAACAUUUCUUGAUCUUACAGCCACUGCUCGAAAUUAACAAUGGCAAAACUGUGAUAAGAGCCGAAGCAAACAAGGACUGCUGCAGCGAAAUAAAAAUAGCCUAAAUUGUUCCACCGUCCACGUGCACACGUAUCGAGUGUUUGUGUAAAUAAAAAUGACAUACUAGAUGGUUUUCUACACAAAAAUUUAUAGAUAGUAGGCCUAAAGAUAACAGGAAAUGCAAAUGUCAUAACUCGGAAUUGGGUCAAUAAUUCAGCGAUGCAAGAUUUAGUUUUAAAUAGUGCAUACCGUUAAAAUUUAGUAUUUCAUAAACAUGCUCACUUUUAGUGUCCUUAUUAUAGAAGGCUAUGGCACAGCUGUGGGAAAUUUUAUGUAGCAAUUUUAGUUAUGGUUGUCACGUGAUCACGACUGUUAGAAACAUGAAUAACUAAAAGAUUGAAGGGAAAAAGUUUAAAUGGGUUUCGAUGACUUAAUAUAAUGCCAAAACUCUGUAAAUUUGAUAUGUAUGACAGUACCACAAAACAUAAUUAGAACCAGAUUAAUUGACACUGAAAAUCAUUGUACAAGUCUUUUGUCUAUCUACGACUAAAUAAAAAAUUAGCAUGUUCCAAGUAGGUUAAUUACAAAAAUAUGUGUUAAAUAUGAACAAAUGCGGCUCAUUUUAGCUGUGGCAUUUUCAGAUUUUUGGUGCUAUAGUAGACAAAUUGUAAUUUCAAGCACUGUUGUGCUUUACUAAUUAAUCAUUCAACAAACAAUAAUUAAGUUCUCAAUAGAUGGUGUGUAUUUUUAACUCUAUAGCAAGUGUGACCCUAUUAUUCCGUAGAUAAAAUAGUACCAUGACUAACAAUGACAUACCUCUACACAUCCUCGGUUUCCCCAGUAGUCCCAUUUUGUUCUACUCUACUAUACCGUGGGUUAAUCCAUAGGAUUUCCACGAUUUCAAACUAUCUGCUCUGGCCUUGAUUGUAGAUUGAGUCUGCGAAUCAAUCAAAAAAUAGUUUACAAACCAGUCUUACUAAGAAUUUAGCCGCAUUGUUUACCUUCACAACAAUGAGAGUUACUUCCCUUUGCCAAAUUUCUUUGCAAUUAACAGUUUAUGGGAUUGGUCGAUAACUUGAAUAUGUGUUCUCUCUUCACCUCUCAAUGGAGUAACCUUGGCAUGGACAAAAUAAGUCUCUGAAUCCAGGCACAUGGCAUCAUAGCCUGCAGUGCAUGUGACAGUUGUGGAAGCAUGAAGCACUGGGUCAUGCUGAGAGGCAUGGAAUAGUGCUCUGAUGAACAUUCAUGUGGCAUGUAACCUGGAGUUUUCCUAUUGCUGUGUUUUGAUUCAGCGGGCUUAAUCUUAUCAUCUUGUUACUCGACUAUGUCGAAAAGUAAAUGCAACAUCUGUACGAGCAUCGCAGCUUUAUAUUCUCAUCACUUCACAAAUCUCUUUCCGGAGUUUCACCUGCAAUGGACAAAAUCUAACCUUUUCACGUCAAUUUCUUACAAUUUUACACAAGCUAUCGCAUUGGAGAAACGUUAAGAAACCUGAUAAUGCAUCAACAUCGUACAAACAAGCGAUAUUUUGUAAAAUCAAACCCUAUUCUUCUUUUCAUAUCACCUAUGCAUUUCUUUUUUGACAGAGUAUAGUGUGUUUUAUCAUGGGGUGUCAAAACUUGUUUGGUUUGAUUUCCAAAGAGCAUGCAACCUUUCAUAACAAUAUCAUUGUAACACAACCUUUUAAAGGUCCUUAAUAUCAAAUCUGAAUACUAUAUAUUUUUAAUUAUCGACCAAAAACUUUAGUAGAGUUAUCAUCCAUUAUAUAUAAAUUGUACUCCUUUUUUUUUCUUCUAUUUUUUUUUUGUUAUAAUAGCAUAUCCAGUGUUGACUUUGUUUUGAUAUUCAUUGUAUAUAGACUUUUUCAUUAGUUGAUUUUAUCAGUCAUGAAGUAUAUAGAAAUAUAUAUUAUAUAUAUAGUUGUUUAAGAUAAUAUAGCUUAUAUACAAUGUUUGCUAAAAGUAUAUUGUCAUAAUUCAUUGUGGUGUUCAUUAAUACCAGAUGUCACAUUUAUUAUUUCAUACCUUAGUCAUUAUUAAUUUUAAAUGAUACAUACUGUCUAAAAAUAAAACACACAUAUAUAUACACAUUUUGCUGAUAGUUUACUUUCAUUUUGAUUGUAAUUAAUACGGUCAAAUUUGUGAUUGAAGUUUGAUUUGACAUUGAUGCUGUCUUUGACAUGAACAAAGUUUUAAAAUGCACAUGACAUCUUAUCACAUAAAUUUGUAGUUUAAUUUUGUAUUUUGACGAGGCUUUUGAAUAAAGUAAUUUUUAGAUUGUGAAUAAAUUCAUUUAUAGUUUAUUACUUAAUGGUAAUACUGUAGUGAUUAAAAACUUAUAAUGUACAAAUGAUUUAUUACAUAACUUUGAAUUGUUAUCAAAUCAGUUUUAUGAAUUGUUAAGAUAAUAUAAAUCAUGAUUUGUUUAGAUAAUAAUAAACUGUAAUAUUUCUAGUAUAUUGCCAUUGUAUUACAAAAUAGUUUUAAUAGCAUUAAGACUAGCAAGUUGAAUCUGUAAGCAUUUUCCAUAAACCUGUUUGAUUUUACCUAUUUAACAUGUUAUAGUAUUACUACAUACAGUUGGCUAUCAAUAUGUUGCAAUUUCAAAGCUGAUAUCUAGAACUGGUUGGGGUUUGCCUUCGAAGAACAUAAGUGAGAACAUCAAUUUUAUCUUAUCUGAAAAUUUUCUUGUGAAAUUUGGUAAAAUAUAAGUAUGCUACAUAGUGAAGUUUUUAUACAUCUUAUUUUAGAACUUAAUGUGUAAUUAUCUGCUGACUUCUUUUUGUGUUUGUGUGUUCAUAUUGGCAUAGACAAUCACUUCAGUUUUACUAUUUUGUUUGUACUAAUUUAAAAGGGGAGAUAAUAAGUGUAUUUAUCAUUCUAUAUACAGCGUAAUUUAUAUACAUAUAUAUAUAUUGGCACAUGUAGAAAUUUGUGUGUACAUAAUAUCAGAUAUUUGUACCUUACUAAUUUAUGUUCAAAUACUUGUCUUUUUAUAAAGUCACAUCAUUUAAAAAGAAUAUUCUUUGAACAAAAUGGUAUAAAUAUCAAAAUAUGGACUGUUUGAUCUCUUGAGAAUGUUUCAUUAUAUCAUAAUUUAGCUUUUCCAAACACCACCACUUUCAGAAAAUAUUAUACCAUAAAGCUAUUGCAGACACCACUGUCAGAGAUUAUUGCCCCCUCCACCCUUACUAUCAAGUGUGGGCACUUGAUAGUAAUAUAUAACAAAGCUAUUAUAGACACUUAACAAUCAUAAAAUAUUAUACCAUAAAGCUACUGUAGACAAUUAACAAUCAUAAAAUAUUAUACCAUAAAGCUACUGUAGAAACUUAACAAUCAUAAAAUAUUUUACCAUAAAGCUACUGUAGACACUUGAUAGUAAUAUUAUCAAUCUGAUUAAAAUACAGAUCUGUACAUGUAUCUCCUUUCGUUUUUUUUAUACUUUCGAUGGCCUACACUACUACAUGAAGAUCUAUCCAGUUGUACUGGGAGUUUUUUUUUUUUAAAGUCUUUGAACUUCAUUUUCAUUUUUUGGAAAAUAACACAUUUUCUAUGUACUCCGAUUGAUUAUUUAACAUUUAAUCAAGAAAACAAAAUAUAUCAAUGGUAUAUGAAUGGGUUAAAAAGAGGCCAAUCAAAAGAUUGCAGCAAAGAUUACAGGUGGCGCUGGCUUUUAGAGAUUCAACAUUCACGAUAUUGUAAUUUGCAAGGGAUUCCUCAAUGCAGUUCAGAGACUUUAUGAAAGAUUAAUGUGUAACUUGCUGUUUCCCUUCCUAUUAAUAUGAGACAAAUAACAAAUGUUGAAUUUUAUAAAUAACAAAUGUUGAAUUUUAUAAAUAAACAGAUAAAGAAUUUUUGAUCAAUUUAACUAUAAAAUGACAUGAUUUGAAACAUUACAAUAAACAAGACAAAAUCAUAUAUAAGGGUCAGUAGAAAAGUUUGUUUCAUUUUCGUUUAAUUAUACAAAUGAUAUGUUUUAAAGUCUAGUUUAGAAAAACUGAAAUUGUAUAUCAAAGACCCUUGUGUUGUGUUGUAUUGUCGGAAUUCUUUUACUAAAAUUGCCAAAUAUUUAAAACUGAAAAUGAAUUGUCUAAUUAUUGUCUUAGAGACAUAACUAUGCUGGAAUACAGUUCAACAUGUAAAUAAAUACUAUUUUAUAAA